AUGAAGGUGGACUUGGGCGUUUGGAGUCGACGCUUCGUGUUGAAUGUCGCGGCAGGCUGCAUAGUUCUCGCCCUCUUCACCUCAUCAUUGAGCGAGGCAGCUGCUCCCCUCGGCCCAUCAGACCGUCCCGAAGCUUACUUCAAUGGCAGCUCAUACAUACGCUUAUCCAGGUCCAUAUCCUUGAAGCAGCUCGUCGGGUUAAGCUUUCGCACUUGUGUUGGUGGUGAACUAUUUUCACAAAGGUCGGAAGGCUACACCCUCCAUGUGACGGCUUUGUAUGAACAAGUGGUGGUCUCAUGGUCAAGACCCGGUCAGCCUCAGCGCGAGGUUGGUUUGGCAAAAGAGACCCUGGACAACCGGUGGCAUUGGGUUGCGCUCCGGUAUCGGCCGAACCCCCCAGCGCUGUUACUUGAAGUUGAUAAAGAAACGCAGGUGAUAUCAAAUGUGACAUGGAACGGAGAGCUUCUUUCAGCCGGCGCUUUGGAAGCCGGUGGCGCUGUGGUGUUAGUCGGCAACGUCUUCAGCGGCUGCUUGCACGAGGGACCACAACUGGAGUUUCACACUGCUUAUCUUAUGCAGACUAAUGUGCGAUUUGGACAUUGUCCUCUUACUACUGACGAAUGCAAGGAUAGAAAAGACGUUCUAAGGAUACCGCCGAAAGACCACUGUUACAACGAGCCCUGUUUAAGACAUGGGACAUGUAUAUCGAGACAUGACAGAUAUGAGUGCCACUGCUCGGCGCGGUAUACAGGAAACAAUUGUGAAGUGGAUGCGGGCGACCCAUGUGCGUCCGCGCCUUGUCAGCACGGAGGCUCGUGCGUUGAAGACGCUCGCGGUGACUAUACUUGUCUCUGUCCUGCACACUAUCACGGUAUCUACUGUGAGCUAGAAGAGUCUUUGGACCCACAAUGCGUGGCUGGUCCGUGUCGCAACAAUGGCUCAUGUAACGUUCCUCCUGGUUCAGAUACAUAUGUCUGCGAUUGCCCACCUGGCUACACGGGUCGCAACUGCGAGACGGAUAUCGACGAGUGCGCUGUGUCGGGCGUUGCGUGUCUCAACGGCGGUAGAUGUGUCGACGCGGUUAACAACUACACCUGCGACUGCACCAACACUGGUUAUACGGGACCUCGUUGCGAGACAAAUGUAAACGAAUGUGCGAAUGAACGCGCAGUUUGCGGCCACGGCGUCUGUUAUGAUACAUAUGGAUCGUUUGUCUGCGCAUGUCUUCCGGGGUACACGGGCGAAAGGUGUCACAAGAUGUCAGCGUGUGCAUCGGGCCCUUGCGGCGUCGGUGGCGCAUGCGUUGAGGAGAACAAUGGCGCUGGCUUCCGCUGCGUGUGCGCUCGUGGGCUAGCCCCGCCCUUGUGCGUUCCCACGCCCACUGCUCCGCCUACCACACUAGCUCCGUCCACUAGCCCAAUUCCCACGCUACCGACUAUGGCCCCGGCUUCCGUUGCUGCCUGCGCUGAGAUGUCUUGUCCGCCUCGUUCACAUUGUAGACAGGGUGUGACAGGAAUGGUUGCAGGGAUCGUUGUCACCAGACAAGUGCUAUGUGUUUGUGACAUUGGUUAUUAUGGUGCACCAGGCCUGUCACCAAACUGUAGCACUUUAGAGAACGUGUGCGAGACAGGCGUUUGUCAGAAUGGGGGCACCUGUACCAAGACGACUGACCACUUUAACUGUACCUGCCCAUCGCCCUAUAGAGGUAUGUAUUGUGAGGUGGGGCCUUCGGGAAAGGCUCUUUCCGAGUUGAAGCCAGAACGUUGUUCGUCGGCUCCUUGCGUACACGCAACUGCCUGCCGAGAUACCGCGACCGGAUACCGUUGCGAUUGUGAAGCUGGGUGGAUGGGUUCCCGCUGCGACGUGGCCGCAUCCGCGGGCACGGACUGCGGGCGCGGAUGCGCCAAUGGCGGCACAUGUCGCGGUUCUGACGGCUGCGAGUGCCGCGCCGGAUUCGGUGGGGCGCUGUGCGAGCUACCGCUCGAUUGUCGCGCUCAGCCAUGUCCACAUCGACAGGAAUGUGUUGAACAAAGUGGCACAUGGCGUUGUGCGGCCGCGAGCGCCGAGUCCGCCUGUGCUUCUUCACCUUGUCACAAUGGUACCUGUCUGGCUCUGGACAAUGGUCUGUUCCGAUGCCAGUGUCAGCCGGGACAAACUGGUGAGCUCAUUUUAUUAUUACCUGUACACAUUUAA